GAGCUAGCUAGCCAGCACGCAACUCUUCUUAAGAAUCGAAAAUGUGUGCGAGGCGCGCGCGUACGUUUCGUUUGGACGUCGUUAAUGUAUUUAUGAUGUAGCGCGCGUACGGACGUACGUACCUACCUAUGCGUUGCCUGUGUUUACUCAAUCUAUGGAGCUGGAAAAUAUAAUUAAGGUACCAAAUUUUCACUUUGUUACGGAUGAUUUUUCUCUAGCUACCUUACUUUAACACUUUUGGUGUAUGAAGGAGAAUACAACGGGUCUUAUCCGUAACUUAAGUUGUUUGGAAAGGCUUCAAAUGCCAUGAUUUAGACGAGAUUUGGACAAUGUAAAUAUCUUUUGCACGCGUGAAGAAUGCUCAUUUUAAAUACCAAACUGCUUUGUUUUGCAAAUGUCGUCGUACUUUCGCAACGUGUUUCUUGAUUUAGCAGCGGCUUUUACUCCCAUGGCUCCUGGGAACAUGAAGUCUGAUUUUAUUGGAUUGCAGCGAUCGAAGCUCACCGGUAAAUCUUAUGCUACUCGAAAACUGUAUUUGAAAAACAGCGACGGUUCUAGCAACGAGAACGUGUCGCUCCCAGUCAAUAUGGACGGUGAAGGGGACACACUACGAAACAACGCGGCCGACAAUGACCCGUCUGUUGUUUUGAACGCUACGGCGAUGGCAGUGGCUAGCGAUGUUUCAAAUGUCGCACAGUCGGACAACACAAAGCCAAACGAUAAUUCAAUAACAGGAUCUGGAGAUGGCGGCUGUGCUAUUGCUCAAAUAAAUGGAUCGCCAGACAGAGUGAAUUCUGAAAUUUCUCAUUUGAAAGUGCUUUCUAUGUUACACUUGGAUGUGAUUGAACAGCAGCAGAAACAAAUCAAAAUGUUUGAAAGAGAGGCACAACGAUUGCGUGUGGAAAAUGAAACGCUGAAGUGUAGAUUGGAACGCAUGAACAGAAGAACUCAUCUAGCAGAGAAGGUUGAACCUCAGACCAAUAACAACAACAACCAUCGUCCGGUCGGAAGGCCCCGAAAGAUUUUGGACUCACCAGUACAAAAAAAAAAGCGUAAAUCAGAGCUAGACGUGUCGAUCCAUAGCACUGGGAAGCAGUCAGGUCGAGGGGGUGGCACCCCCGUCAAAGACAGCAACGGUAACCUGAACUCCAGCAUCUCGUCGGCACAGUCAACUAACGCGGAACUGAGCAAGAGACAGAGGAGAGCGGAGAAACUUGCGAAGAAGGAGGAGAAGAAGAACGCAAGCAGACAAGACAGUAAAGAGUCAAGAGAGUCAAAGGAGGAGGAGAAGUUUCAUCGGACAGGAGUGAUGUACCCUUGCUUGAGCGACUUGAGGGUCCCUCAAUUGGAUGUGCUUGAUGAUGAAUCUGUAAUGGUUCCGUCAUGGCGUGUCGUCACCAUUCCAGCUCCGAGUACAUCCUCAGAUGCUCCAGAGGAGUGCAGCGAUGCGGUGUUUGAGCAGCGGCACGGUAAGCUGGAGCAGGACGAGAGAAAACGGAAGAGGUGGGACAUCCAGAGGAUACGAGAGCUGAGAGAACACGAGAGGCUGGUCAAUAAACAGAAGCAGAGGGAAUAUGCUCAAUGGGAGCAUAUACUGACCACCUUCUAUCCAGUCGAGAAUGAUGCUGAAUUCAUUGAGAUGAAUGAUACGAUUCCAGUCAUCACCUUCGGUGUUCAAGUCCCUACAGUUAAACCAAAUGAGUUUGAGUUGCCAUGGUUCGAUGCGAAGCAGCGGGAGCGAGACGAGCAGAGGAGACAAACAAGGAGAAUGACCAGUCGGAGAUAGCACCCGGCCGGCCGGCCAAUCAUCUGACAGCAUUCAUUCGUAUUCCAUCUUCUUUGGAUCUUAGGGUACAUUCGCAAGUGUGACCAUACUCUCACUGAUGCAGUAUUGAGCUUCAUUCACAUAUGACCAUACUCUCGCUGAUGCAGUAUUCACAAGUGUGACCAUACUCUCACUGAUGCAGUAUUAAGCUUCAAUCACACGUGACUAGGUCAAUCACCUAAAAAUGGCUGCUGUGAAAUGAAACUCGAUAUGUGCAUCUGUAUUUGCAAAACAGAUAACCAUUGUGUUAUCAGAUAUAUAUCAAGAAGUUCAACAAAUUUCAAGCCAUAUUAUCGGCAAUAGGAGCAGGAGAAGCACAUACUAUAAUGUGAUGCACUUUGAGACUUAUGUGUGGCACAUGAUUGCUCAUGUACUUUCCUAGUCUGAUUUUACACUGAUACAAUUGGUGACUCCAUCAAACAUGGCUUGAAUUUGCCAGAAGUAUAAAUGGCAUCGAUCACAAUCAUGCAUUAUCAAUGAAUCCAUAGUCCAUACACAAAGGUUGCAGACACAGACAGUUAGAACCAUCCCAUAUAUCAUGCAGCUAUAAGUAUAAUUGAAGCAUGGUCACACUUGUUCUAUAUAGGGGCUGUGCUCACUGCUAUCCAGUGUCGAUGAACCCAUACACUAAGGUUCUACAGUAUUCUGCAAACUCAGACAAUGAGGACCAUCCCAUACAUCAUGCAGCUAGAAGUAUAAUUGAAGCAUGGUCACACUUGUUCUAUAUAGGGGCUGUUCCCACUGCUAUCCAGUGUCAAUGAACCCAUACACUAAGGUUCUACAGUAUUCUGCAAACUCAGACAAUGAGGACCAUCCCAUACAUCAUGCAGCUAUAAGUAAAUUGAAGCAUGGUCACACUUGUUCUACAUAGGGACUGUUCCCACUGCUAUCCAGUGUCAAUGAACCCAUACACUAAGGUUCUACAGUAUUCUGCAAAC